CAGCUGCCAAUGGGGAUGAGUGGGUUCGGUGGCGCCCCUGUGUAUGUGGUGAUGCAGUCCCCUGGAGGAGGAGGAGCAACUGCAGUGCCUCCACCAGGACAUCCAGGAGGCGCCUACAUCCAGGACCUACUGAGGAACAUCCCCUACAGUCCCAACCACAGAGGCGGCGUCACCAUCUACGAGCUUCCUGACAAUGCCCACCAGCAGCACCGACCACGGCAGGGGACAGACUCGGUGCCUCUGUCAGCCACCUCCUCUGAAGGAUCAAGAUGGUCAGCGUCUCCUGAGCCAGGUCGAGCUGACCACCAGUCAGCCUCGGCAGCAUCCAUACAAGACGACCGGAGCGCUGGCAGGGCUCGCUGGGGUGACCGGGGAGUGGGUGUCGGUCACCUGUGGGCGCCGGGGGAUGAUACUUCUCCAGGGAGUCGUGGGAGUCAGGUGCUGCCCCCGGCAUGGGCUGACCAGAAUGAAGAAAACGUUCUACCGGGCGCUCCUCUCUCUAAGACUGGCCAGAGGACCUACGCCCGGGGAGGAGGAAUGAGUAAAAUGGACCCAGAGGAAGCAGCUGAGAGGGAGAGACGCAAGAAGCAAGCGGAGGAGACGCAAAAAAUAAUCAAACAACAGCUGGAGGAGAAGAGGAGACAAAAGACCCUGGAGGAGGAGAAAGAGAAGAGAGAAGCAGCCAUGUGGGAGGAACGAGUGAGAGAACAACAAGAGAAAGAAGCUCGAGAGUACCAAGAAGAGAUAAGAAAGAAAAAAGAGAAAGAGGAAGCAGAGGAGCGGCGGCAGAUACAGUUGCAGUCGGCCAUCAAGGAGGCGUCCGAGCGUGCCAAGAAGGAGAAAUCCGUUAUUAAAUAUGGCCACAUACGGUCCCUCUCCUCGAGUGGCCCCCUGCCUGAGGUAAGGGAGGAAGCUGAUGACCCCGUCUCCCUCACGCCCCGCUCCGCCACCACACCUCGCCAGCGUCACCACCACCGCAGACAACUCUCCCAUGAUCUGAACCAGUCGACGGUGGAGGAACAGCAACCACGGCCAUCAUCACCACCACCACCACAACCACAACAUGAGCAGCCACAACAACAACAACAACAACUACAGGAGCCACAGCCAACAACACCUCACCCACAGAAGGUGGGGGGAGACACAGAGGAACUGGCGAGGCUCCUGCGUAGUUUGGGUAUCACGCCGGAGGUGCUGCUGGCGUCGUCUGGCCUGCUGGACCGAGGUCAGCGAUUGCUGGGCCUCAGUACGACUACCCGGGUGACCAUCACCAACCGCAUCAUCACUACCAAGUACCGUGGCCCUCCUUCCCGGAAGUGUGGCACCCAGUGUGAUCCCUCCACCUGA